AUGGUCAGUGAUAGUGAAAAGGAAUUAAACGAAUUAUGGAAAUUAUUUGAAGAUUCACCCAAAGAUAUUCAAGAAAGAAGACAAACGAUAACGAAAACUCUUCAUGAAGAUCAAAAUAAAGAUUAUCCAUCACAAGUGGCAAUAACGACUGCAUUUGAUGAAUUGCUUUCUUGUUUUUCCUUUGGUGGACAAGGAAAGAAUUAUUUUAGAUAUGGAAGUUUAGAUUUAUGUGCUCGUCAACGUGAAAAAUUAUGGUUUGCAAUGAGACAUGGUACAUUGACACGAAUGGAAGAAAAACCGGUUUAUGAAAUGAAUCCACAAGAAUUAGAGAAGAGGGUUUUGAUCCAAGAGUUUUUCAAAAAGAGAGUACUUGAAGAUAAAGCUAAGGGAAGCUCGGAAGAUAUUUGGGAUGAACGGAAGGAACCUUUGGAUAAACCAUUUACGAAUUAG